AUGGUGUGGCUCCUGGAUCAAGAGUAUGACAGGAAUCACCGGGCUUUUCAUAUGACGGAGACGGGAACGGAUCUUCACCCUUUGAAGAUUCGGUACCAUGGCACAGCUGAUAUGCCGUAUGACGAGAGGUACACGGAGUUCAUCCAGCCCACCGGUCUUCUCCCGUUCAUCACGCUUCAUCCCCAAAUAGAGGAUCAUGGUAACGAAAUUAGAGCUCCCGCCGGCGCACCUUUCGCUUGGAUACGGACUAACUUCGGAAAACUCCUGCCGGAAGGGGCCGAGCGUGACACUAUCAGGACGUACACCCGAGUGUACUUGUGGUACAUGUUAUCGAGGACUCUCUUUGCUGACAGUGGUGGGAAGUUGGCCCAUUGGUGUUGGCUCAAGGCGCUUACGGUGUUGGAGCGCCGGUGGAGUUGGGGAACAGCGGCACUUGCCUACCUCUACCGGCAAUUGGACGAAGCUUGUCGCAGGACUGGGAGCGGCGGUAUUGGUGGAUGCUUGCUCCUACUUUCCGUAUGGAGCUGGGACCGCCUAUCAGUUGGCCGGCCCAGGAUACUCACAGCGAGACCAUGGCCUCAUUACCGGCACAACCUUGAUCGGGAGCCGACUUGGGCAUAUCUUUGGGACAAUGUCUCGGAGAUGACGAGCGACCCAAAUAUCAUGUACAUGCACUACACGGAGGAGUUGGAUACUCUUACCGCUGAGCAGUGCCCACCUCAGUGGCAAGACACAGACCACGCGCUUCAUAGCAACUAUCUCCAAUGGUUUCAUGAAAGCACGCGUAUCGAGCUAGUGAAACCCGCGUAUGAUGACGACAUCUUGUACGACCCCAUCGAGUUCAAUGAGCUUGCAUUCCUGAGGACGACACCAUCCUGA